GCUGCAUUUGACACUGUAGACCACUCUCUUCUCAUACAGACACUACAAUCCCUAGGUCUUAAAGACACAGCCCUUUCUUGGUUCCUAUCCUAUCUAUCUAAUCGCUCCUUCAGUGCACUGGACCGUGUCACUGAAUGCCUUUCUGCCAUUUCAUCCUGGAUGACAUCUAGCCACCUCAAACUGAAUAUUUCAAAGACAGAGUUAAUUAUAUUUCCACCGGCCAAUAGUAGGUACCAACCUGAUAUCUCUAUCACUGUUGAAAACUCGACUAUCUACCCUACCCCACAAACUCGCUGCCUAGGUGUCAUCCUUGACUCUGAUCUGUCCUUUGUUCCCCACAUUCAAUCUGUCUCAAGAUCAUGUUACAUGCAUCUAAAAAACAUAUCCAAAAUACGACCAUACCUUACACAAGACACUGCUGAAACUCUAAUCCACGCUCUCAUUAUCUCCCGCAUUGAUUAUUGCAAUAGUCUCCUAACUGGUCUUCCCAAAACGAGACUCUCACCACUACAAUCCAUUCUGAAUGCAGCGGCGAGGCUUAUCUUCCUCGCUAGACGUUCGUCGUCUGCAGAUCCACUCUGUCAGUCCCUCCAUUGGUUACCUGUACUCUACCGCAUUCAAUAUAAAAUACUUUUACUCACACACAAGGCCAUUAACCAAACUACACCAACGUACCUCACUUCGCUUAUCUCAAAAUAUCUCCCAACCUGACCUCU